AUGGACAAACAUAUCAAAGAUAAAUAUUCAAUUAACUCAGUAGCAGCAUCAACAUCGUCAUCAUCACUGAGUCGAGUUAAAGCUGUUACUCAUCAUGAAUAUUUUGAACCAUAUCCGACUGUCAAAGAUUGGCUUAAAAAAAAGUUUCAAAAUCCGAAACAACGACUUAAGAAUUAUUUUUUAUCCUAUCUGCCGUUUCUCAAAUGGAUCUAUCGAUACAAUUUGGUAUGGUUUUGGGGUGAUCUAAUAGCUGGUUUGACAGUCGGCGCUAUUGUUAUUCCACAAGGUAUGGCCUAUGCUGGAUUAGCUAAAUUAGCGCCACAAUUCGGUUUGUAUAGUUCAUUUGUUGGUGUAAUGAUUUAUUGGUUUUUUGCUACUAGUAAGGACAUUACUAUUGGUCCUGUGGCAGUCGUAUCACUCUUGACUGGUAGCGCAGUCGAUGCUGUACUUAAAGAUUAUCCACAUUAUGAACCACAUAUAAUUGCAUCGGCAUUAUCUCUUAUUUCUGGCUGUAUUGUUUUUGCUCUUGGAAUGUUUCGUCUCGGUUUUAUAGUCGAUUUUAUUCCUCUACCAGCUUUAGCAGCAUUUAUGACUGGUUCAGCAUUGAAUAUUGCCAUAGGACAAAUACCAGUAAUGAUGGGUAAUAAUAAAUAUUUGAAUACACGUGAAUCGACCUACUUGGUUUUUGGUAAUUUUUGGAAACAAAUUCAACAUUGUAAUUUAAAUGCUGCACUCGGUUUAACAUCACUCGUUUUACUUUAUUUAAUUCGUUUUAUAUGCAUUCGGGCUGCUCGACGUUUUCCAAAGCGAGAAAAAAUCUUUUUCUUUAUUUGUGCACUUCGUGUUGUAUUGGUGAUUCUUCCCUUUGUUUUGAUUUCAUGGUUGAUUAAUCGACAUGAUCCUGAUCAUCCGCGUACAUCUAUACUCGGUAAAAUUCCAUGCGGCUUUCAAAAUAUGGGCGUACCGUAUAUCGAUCGAACAAUGUUGGGUGCCAUUGUACCUUAUCUACCUUCGACAGUUAUUGUUCUUCUCAUCGAACAUAUUGCUAUCGCUAAAUCAUUCGGCCGAAUUAAUAAUUAUAUUAUCAAUGCUAAUCAAGAAUUGGUUGCUAUCGGUGUAACAAAUAUUGUUGGGCCCUUUUUUGGUGCUUAUCCCGCAACAGGUUCAUUUUCACGAACAGCUAUUAAGUCUAAAGCUGGUGUACGAACACCAUUGGCUGGUGUGAUUAGUGGUAUGGGGAUUGCUCUAGGUAUUUAUGUUUUAACAGGAAUGUUCUUUUGGAUUUCCCAAGCUAAUCUAGCUGCUGUUAUCAUUCAUGCUGUUGGCGAUCUGAUUGUUGGACCGACAACUUUGAAACGUUUCUGGCAAGUUAAUCCCGUUGAGUUUUUUAUAUUUUUGAUUGGGGUUAUGAUAACAAUAUUUUCUACGAUUGAAAUCGGUAUCUAUAUUUCAAUAAUUUCUUCCGGUGCUCUUCUAUUAUUUCGUAUUGCAAAAGCUCGUGGUGAUUUUAUUGGUCGAGUAGAAGUUCAACAAGUCAAAUUAACAUCUGAUAGUUAUACUAAUGUAACAAUUCGAAAUAUUUAUGUACCAUUCGAUCAUUCUGAUGGUUCGAAUCCGACCAUUAUUCCAAUAUCACCUCUUAAUGGUAUAUUUAUCUAUCGAUUAAAUGAAAGUUUUUUGUAUCCAAAUGCAAAUUAUUUUAUGAAACGUUUAGUUGAACAAAUUUUUCGUGAAACUAAACCAGGUAAAGUUAAUCGGUAUACUUCGCUUGGGGAACAACCGUGGAAUCUACAGACAAGUCGUCAUCCAGAAAAAGAUCUACAGAAUGAUGAUCAACGUCCAUACUUACAUGCUGUAAUUUUAGAUUUUACUGGUGUUGCUCAUUUAGAUAUAACUGCUCUGCAAAGUCUCAUUGAUGUUCGUCAACAAUUAGAUCAUUAUGCAGAUAAAAAAAUUAAUUGGCAUUUUGUUGGCUUGUCAAAUCCUUGGAUGAAGCGUGCACUUAUUUCGGCUGGAUUUGGAUCAUCUGAUCAAGGUCAUACAGUUUUUUCUGUAGCAAACGUAGAAGUUAGUCUUGAUCGUGGUGAAAACGAUACAGAUGUUAUGCUUGUUCCUAUUCUUGAUAUCAAUCGACCACUUUUUCAUGCAAAUCUCGAUGAAGCAUAUGAAGCAGCUAUGGCAAAUUUAGUUCAACAAGCCGUAUUUGUUGUUUCCCACGAUGAAACAAUAUAA